CAACCCUAACCCGAUCGAUCUCAACGCCGAAAGUCUGGGCUCACCGCCGCCGUGAUGGUCCACUCGAGCUGCCACGUCGUCGGAACGAUAACGUCGCUGUUUCGCCGCUACUACAACCGCCGGCGCGGAUACAAGCCGAUCCCGCGGUGUGACGCGGAGGAGCAGCAAGCCGAAAUGGUGCAGGGCGGGUGCAAAAGCGUGCUUUUCGAGUUUCGCCGCUACUACAACCGCCGGCGCGGCUACAAGCUGAUCCCGCGUUGCGACGCGGAGGAGGAGGAGGAAGCCGAAAAGGCACAGGACGGGAGCAAAAGCGUGCUGUGCGAGGGGUGCAAGAAGGUGCCGGUGGAGUGCGAGGAAGAGCGGGAUGGGGAGGGCCCGGAGGGGUGCGGCGACCGGCUCAUGGCCCGGUGCUGGUUGGAGAUGCGGAGCGGGACGAGCUUCGCCGGCUGGAAGGACUUGGCUGACGCGUCCUACAUGUACACCCGAGCCGGAAGCUGGAGAAAAGCGAUACAGGCAUACGGCGAGUUAGCCGCCUAUUCUCUCAGGAGAGGAAGCGAGCUGAGCGCGGGGUCGGCGCUGCUCCGUUCGGCGAAAUGCUACGCCGAGAUCGAGGAGAAAAGCGAGGAGGACGUCGCCGCCAUGAAGCUCGCGCUGGAGGAGGCCCUCGCGCUGUUCGUCAAGAACGGCGACCAGCGGCUGGCCGCCACGGCCUGCUCCGACCUGGCCGAGUUCCACCUGGACCGUAACGACCUCCCGGACGCGCUGCUCUUCUACGAGCGCCGCCGAGUACUACGGCACCGCCAACCGGCGCUUCAACCGCUUCUGCAGGUUCAGAGCUCAGCUUGUCACCUACCUGCUGGCCAACGAAGAGGCGCUUCGCGCCAAUGGAGCGCUGCCCAUUCGCGACUACAAAAGGAAGUGCGUCGGAUACAUGAAGCCCAGCGAUCCUGA